AUUUCACCGUUUUCUUGAUGUGAACAGUCACAAAGUAGAGAGGACUAUAGAAGGAAUACAUGAAAAACUGAUAGUUCAUUCUGACCUUGGAAAAGCUGCAAGCUGGAAAAGACUAACAGAAAAAUUUCUGAACUCGCCACUCCCAAGUAUUGAAGAAACAAAGACAGAUACACACUAUUCCAUACUGUCUCUUCUGUUGUGUUUGUCUGAUUCUCCAUCCAACACCACCUAUGUGGAAAAACCAAGAGACAAAGAAGUGGAAAAGGAAGAAGAAUUUGAUUGGGGAAAGUAUUUGAUGGAAGGAGAAGAAAUCUACUUUGGCCCAGGCAUUGAUACACCAGAUUGGUCUGGAGAAAGUGAAGAGGAGGAAGACGCUCAGCCUUUAAGCAGGGAGGACUCGGGUAUUCAAGUGGACAGGACACCUUUAGAAGACCAAGAUCCAAAUAAGAAAACAGUACCUAAUGUUUCCUGGAAAGUUGGUGAACCUGAUGCCCGCAGCUGGCUGGAGCAGCAUGUAGUUCCUCAGUACUGGACAGGAAGAGCUCCUCGCUUUUCACAUAGUUUGCACUUGCAUUCCAACCUAGCUGCGGUCUGGGACCACCACUUGUACACCAGUGAUCCUUUGUAUGUGCCGGAAGAGAGAACGCUAGUCACUGAAACCCAGGUUAUACGGGAAACACUGUGGCUACUUUCAGGAGUGAAAAAGCUUUUUAUAUUUCAGCUGAAUGAUGGAAAAGUGGCUGUGCGGAAUGAUAUUAUUGUAACUCAUUUAACCCAUAACUGCCUGAGAUCUGUAUUGGAGCAGAUAGCGGCAUAUGGUCAAGUUGUGUUUAGACUACAGAAAUUUAUUGAUGAAGUGAUGGGACACAGCCCGGAAAGCAUAAUGCAUGGAACAGUUUCCACUCCAAAGAAAACCACUGAAGCCCCGUUCAGAACCUACCAAGCUUUUAUGUGGGCCUUGUAUAAAUAUUUCAUUAGCUUUAAAGAAGAACUUACUGAAAUUGAAAAAUGCAUAAUCAACAAAGAUAAAACAGUCACACUUUCAAUAGUAAUAGAUAAGCUGUCUCCCCGACUGGCACAGCUGAAGGUACUUCAUAAAGUUUUCAGCACAGGAGUAGCCGAAGUGCCACCUGACACUAGAAAUGUUGUACGAGCAUCUCAUCUGCUUAAUACUCUGUACAAAGCUAUCCUUGAGUAUGACAGUGUUGGAGAAGCAUCUGAGCAAACGGUAUCCCUUCUGUUCUCUCUCUGGGUUGAAACUGUGAGGCCAUACUUACAGACAGUGGAUGAGUGGAUAGUCCAUGGUAAUUUGUUUGAUCCUGCAAAGGAAUUUAUCAUUCAGAGAAACAAAAAUGUUCCAGUUAAUCACAGAGAUUUUUGGUAUGCUACCUACACAUUAUAUAGUGUGUCAGAGAAGACAGAGAAUGAAGAGAAGAUGAGUGAUAAUGCCAGUGCCAGUUCUGGCAGCGAUCAAGCCCCUUCAAGUAGGCAGCACACUAUGGUCUCUUUUCUGAAACCUGUGCUAAAGCAAAUCAUCAUGGCUGGAAAAUCCAUGCAGCUGUUGAAGAAUCUUCAAUGCAAAGAUGGCUCUCCGCAGCAGGCCGCGUCAAGAGACGCUGAACGAAAGAGUUUGUAUACCCUGUUCUUGGAAUCGGUGCAGUCUCGCCUGCGGCAUGGGGAAGAGUCUGUUCUAGAGACUAUUACAGAACAGCAGGCCACGAAGCAGAGCUUGAUAAAGAUGCAGUCUAUAGCAGAAAGACACUUGGAGCUGGAUGAUGUCCAUGACCCACUGCUGGCUAUUAAUUUUGCCAGAUUGUAUUUGGAACAGAGUGACUUUCACGAGAAGUUUACUGGUGGGGAUGUUUGUGUGGAUAGAUCCUCAGAGUCUGUGACCUGCCAGACUUUUGAACUGACACUGAGGUCUUGCCUUUAUCCGCACAUAGACAAGCAGUACUUGGCAUGCUGUGGUAAUCUGAUGCAAACUUUAAAGAAGGAUUAUAGGCUUGUAGAAUAUUUGCAGGCAAUGAGAAACUUUUUCUUACUUGAAGCUGGAGAUACCAUGUAUGACUUCUAUACAUCUAUUUUUGACAAAAUUAGAGAAAAGGAAACUUGGCAGAAUGUUGCUUUCUUAAAUGUUCAACUUCAAGAAGCCGUUGGGCAACGCUAUCCAGAGGACAGUUCAAGGUUGUCUAUAUCAUUUGAAACUGUUGAUACAGCAAAGAAGAAACUCCCUGUCCACACCUUAGAUGGUUUGACAUUGAGUUACAAGGUUCCUUGGCCUGUGGAUAUAGUUAUAAGCUUAGAGUGCCAAAAAAUCUACAAUCAAGUUUUUCUGCUCUUACUGCAAAUCAAGUGGGCCAAGUAUAGUCUAGAUGUUUUACGAUUUGAUGAACUAGUCUGUGCUGCAGAAAGCCCACAGGUUAAGGAAGGAACUCUAGUAGAGCAAGGAACGCUUCCUCUAUUUGGACCGCAAACAGAAAGUGUAAAACAACAAAUACAUCGCAUGUUCCUCUUAAGAGUGAAACUUAUGCAUUUUGUUAACAGCCUGCACAACUACAUCAUGACUAGGAUUCUUCACAGUACAGGCUUGGAGUUUCAGCAUCAGGUAGAAGAAGCCAAAGAUUUAGAUCAGUUGAUAAAGAUUCAUUACAGAUACCUAUCUACAAUCCAUGAUCGCUGCCUGUUGAGAGAAAAGGUGAGCUUUGUGAAAGAAGCUAUAAUGAAAGUGUUAAAUUUAGUACUGAUGUUUGCAGACCGUUGGCAGGCUGGUUUGGGGGCUUGGAAGAUGGAAUCCAUAGAGAAGAUGGAAUCUGAUUUUAAAAACUGUCACAUGUUUCUUGUAACUGUUCUCAACAAAGCUGUCUGUCGAGGCUCUUUUCCUCACUUGGAAUCUUUAGCUUUGUCACUGAUGGCUGGCAUGGAACAAAGUUAACACCCGAGUCCAUUGAAUUAAUAAAGAACAAAGCAGCGUUAUGUUGAGAUUCCCUUGUUAAAAAGCUGUAACCAUUUUAUACUCCAGUUUGAAAUAUGUACAGCUAAAGCAGCUGAUGGUUUGGAGCUCUGUAAAAUAUUUUUUAAAGGAAAUAAUGUACAGGUGUUUAAGUGUAUUGGUCAUGGCAGUAUUUUUCUUUAUAUGUAUAUGCUUCAACAUCAAAAAACAUGUACAGUGUAAAAUUCAUCCUGUAUAAACAGUCUUACAAAUACACUUAAAAUGUAUUUC